AACCCUCACAGAGUGUCUAAGCAAGCCUGGAAUUUUCAAAGGGUUUUUUUUUUUUUUUUUGUUUCUGGGUUUCUCAUCAAUUAGAGAACCCAUUUAAGAAGUUGUAUUGGAUGUUGUGUUCUAUUGCUUACUCGACGACUUCUCUUCUGAACUGUUACUGAUCCCACUUUUUGGUACCUAGAAGAGUUCAAUCUCACUGUUAUAGCUGGAAGGCAUGGGUCAAGAGAAGGGAUCAUCAUCGGUGAGUUCGUCACCUCUUCAGUAUUUCUCCCUGAUGACACUUUCACCUGGUAUAGGUUCACCAUUUCCGUGGCACAGGGAAAUGAAAUCUGAGGAAAGAGGUUUGACCCUGAUCCAGCUUCUCGUCGCUUGUGCUAACCAAGUCGCGGCUGGCAGUGUUGAGAACGCCAAUAUUGGUCUUGAGUAUAUUUCCCAUCUCGCCUCUCCUGAUGGUGAUACAAUGCAGAGAAUCGCUGCUUACUUCACUGAAGCACUUGCCGAUCGCAUGCUUAAAGGCUGGCCUGGAUUGCACAAGGCCCUCAACUCUACCAAAAUAUCAUCCAUCUCUGAAGAAAUUCUUGUUCAGAGAUUGUUCUUUGAGCUCUUCCCCUUCUUAAGGCUAUCAUAUGUGAUCACAAACCAAGCAAUCAUUGAAGCCAUGGAUGGGGAGAAGGUUGUUCAUAUUAUUGAUCUCAAUUGUUUUGAGCCUGCCCAGUGGAUUAAUCUUCUUCAGUUAUUAAAAGCUCGUCCUGAAGGGCCACCUCAUUUGAGAAUUACGGGCAUUCAUGAACACAAAGAGGUGUUGGAACUAAUGGCUCAUUGCUUGAAUGAAGAAGCUGAAAAGUUGGACAUCCCUUUUCAAUUUCAUCCUAUAGUGAGUAAGUUGGAGAAUCUCGAUUUUGAAUGUUUGCGUGUUAAGACUGGAGAAGCUCUUGCAAUCAGCUCCGUUCUUCAACUUCACUCCCUCUUGGCAUUUGAUGACGAUAUGCUAAGAAGGAACUCCCCUUCUGCAUCCAAGAAUUUGAAUUCAGCAGUUCACCUGCAAAGAGUCUUGCAGACGAAUCCACUCACUUUAGGAGAUUUUCUUGAGAAAGAUGUGGUUAAUUUCUAUAGCCCAAGUCCUGAUUCAGCAUCGUCAUCGUCACCUCUAUGUUUUGGCUCUUCAGGGAAGAUGGGAACUUUUUUAAAUGCCCUUAGGGGCCUUUCUCCAAAGCUGAUGGUGGUGACUGAGCAAGAAUCAAACCAUAAUGCACAUAGUUUAAUGGAUAGAGUCACAGAAGCAUUGAAUUUUUAUGGAGCAUUGUUUGAUUGUUUGGAGUUGACCAUCUCAAGGACAUCAGUAGAGCGUCAAAAGGUCGAGAAAAUGCUUUUCGGGGAGGAAAUUAAGAACAUCGUAGCAUGUGAGGGAAUUGAAAGAAAGGAAAGACAUGAAAAACUUGAGAAAUGGAUUCCAAGGCUUGAGUUUGCUGGGUUCGGCAGAGUCCCCAUAAGUUACCAUGGUAGGUUGCAAGCAACAAGGUUGUUGCAGAGUAAUGGCUACAAUGGAUAUAAACUAAAAGAAGAGAAAGGUUGUUUGGUUAUAUGCUGGCAAGAUAGACCCCUUUUUUCGAUUUCAGCGUGGAGGUUUCGAAUGUAUAGUAGCUAAAAUUAUUGAUCAAGUCAUACUGGAAAUUCAGUUUUUGUCAUAUGUACAUUGGAUUUUAAAUUUCUCUGUCCCUCAUUGCAAAUGCCAAGUGUUCGACGCACAGUUAUAGAAGGAUAUGUUGUAAUAUGUUUUGCAUGUUAAUUUUUUCAUUUAUUUGCUCGACAGAUUUCUCUUU